AUGCCUGAUCAGCUGGCAACAAUUGAAGAGCAGGACACCGUGAUUGGUGGCUCUGCUGGUUCCGACCCCAUCCAGCCUGCCGCCACCUCUUCCCCUAGGCCCGCUGGGCAACAGGAGCCGAAUGCGAUGCACGCCGCUGGAGAUGGACCACCGCCGUCACAGCCUCUGACAACCCACCAUGUGUGGCCCGCGAAUCGAGGGCCUCAACCACAAAUGAGAAUGGCCGAUCAUUCCUCCCCCGCCGAGCACGCGAAUAACGCCUCACCUUCGGCCAAUAUUUUCUCUCCGCUUGUGCGGCGUGAGGUUCAGGAGGUGACAAAUCACACAAAUGCCACUCCUCGAUCCACACGGCGAGAAAACAGGAACCGCAGGCUCAGCCGGCACUGGACUUCCCCGCCUAUGCCAGAGCCAGGGGGUCCUCGCCGUCGCAGGCAGGCACCUGUGAACGCGGAGCCUCCUGCACGCACACGAGCUGACGCCCGGCGACUUCGAAACGAGGAAAGAGAACGAGAACAGCGCGAGGUACAGAUGGUACACGAGAGGCGCCGCGAGGUCCUGAGAGACAACAUCCGUCGUCAGCAUGAGGCUGCACAGCAGCGCCACCGUCCACAGCCAGACCAUGCACAAGAACUGGCCGCUGCAGAGGGAGCAGACACGGCUAUCCUGAGGCAGUUCCUAACAGAGAAGGAAAGAGAUGUGCAUGGCAACUUUGGUGAAACAAUUGCAUCCCUGUUGAGGAGAGUCCCAGGUGCAGUCAGUGGAAAAUUAAUGUCUGAAGUGUUUGUGUAUGUGAACAAAGUGUGUCACUUCAGCGGAGAUGAAUUAGACAACUACCUGAAUGCAGCAAGCGAGCUACGCUAG